AUGUAUUCUCCAAAGAAAGUUAUUUCACCAAGAAAACCUCCACUGUCACCGAAAGGAGCAGGAUUAAAACGAAGCUUGCCCCCUAAAACACUUGCAAACUAUUUCAAAAUUUCUUCCAAACGUCACGGUAAUGAUGGAGCAGUAACAUCGCAAGAAAAAAAUAAAGGAAAUACUCAGAAUUCACUUGAAGAAAAGAAAGAUGCUCAAAUUAAGUCAAUAAACAAAGAAGCGGAAGGAGGAGAACACAACAGAAAAAAUGCAACCUCUCUCAUUCUUUUUGAAGAGGUAGAUAUAAUAUUUGAUGAAGAUGCAGGAUUUCUAAGUGCAAUAAAGACAUUCAUGGCAACUGCAAAGAGACCUGUAAUUCUUACUACCAAUGAUCCAACAUUCAGCUUAAUGUUUGAUGGAUAUUUUGAAGAGAUCAACUUUAGAACCCCUUCCUUGAUAAAUGCUGCUAGCUAUCUUCAAGUGCUGUGUCUGGCUGAGAAUCUACGAACAGAUGUAAAAGACUUAACUGCUCUGUUAACCACAAAUAACUGCGAUAUCAGACAAAGUGUUCUCUACUUACAAUUUUGGGUUAGAAGUGGAGGUGGAUGCUUGAAAGACAAAUGUUUGGCACAUCAUGGAGGAGAUGAGACAAAUAAAGCAGAUCAUGUAAUUCAUUCUGAAAAGACUACUGAUUCCAAGAUUAAUUUUUCUCAAGCGGAUUCACGUCUUCAGGAGUUUCCAAAAUGUGAUACAGGCUGUGUAGAGACAUUGCUUGGCCUUAAGAAUAUCCUGUUGCCUUCAGAAGAUUUGUUUACAUUUCUUAAGCAAAAAAUCACAACCAUGGAGAAAUGGAAUAAAUUGAUGCAGAUUCUCACAGAAUUCCAGAUGAAGAAAGUGGAUUUUAUAUAUAGUAAUCUUGAACUUAUUCUUCCCUUACCAGUGCAAGUUCUUUCAAACCAAUCUGAAGCCUCCAACUCCAUACUUGAAAGGACUACCGUAGUUUCUUUGAAAAACAGAUCUACUAACAGUUACUGCUCUGGAAAAAAGUCUAAAAAGACAAAGAGCCAGAAAAGGCUUGAUAUAUUAGAUGAUAGUGACUUAUUUGAUACUGGACUGAACUAUUCAGCUGAAUUCAUAACUUUGCCAUCAGAUAGCCCUACAUCAGGUGCUGAAGUGAAUAAAGAGGAAUCAAAAUUGUUGAUGAAUAAAGAAGAAAAAGAAAUUAAAACUAAAACCUCAGCAAAUGAGAAGAGGUCUGCUCUUGUUUUUCAGUGUCUGAACUCACUGACUGAAUUUGUGGAGAACAUGUCUUUCUUGGAUUGCUGUGUAAACACUAACACCAAUGAACCACUGGAGUUUUCUAAAGAUGAAGGAUUUAAUUGGACAAAUGGCAAAAUCAAAAAUGGUCUUUGUGAUGAAUUCAGUAUAGAAAAUACUGAUUGGUGGAGUUCCCAGAGCUGUAGUGAAAUAAAGGCAGCUAUUGAAGUGCUCAGUUUUAACAAAUGUUCUGUUAAUAUUUCACAAAACUUGGAAUCCUCUUUCAGUACUAGUAAAACAUCUGAAAAUGAUCAACUGGAGGGACUUACUUUGCAUAUUUCAAACACAAGAAAUUAUGUAUCCUUCAGUCAGUUGGCUGAUUCAAGCAUUCACAAAAAAGCACAGAAGAGGCUGGCAGUCAUCAGAACUGUAUUUUCCAGAAGUCCUUUAAACCUGGGUAAUAAGCAAGCCAGCAUACUUGAAUACCUCCCCACUCUUCGCAGUAUCUGUAGGUCUGAGAAGCUUAAAGAGCAAGGGAAGACUAAAAGAAGGUUCUUGCAUUAUCUUGAAGGGAUUCAUCUUGAAAUACCUAGACAAAUGAUAAAUGGUCUGUCUUUGGACUUUCCCUAAAAUUGCUAACACCAGAAAUAUUUUGUGCCUAAUGGUGGUAUUCUCACCAUAGUUUGAUUAUUUUUUUUUUUUUACUACAUUAUUUUAUUGUAUAUUCAGAGCCAUUUGUAUAUUAAAUUUCUAUAAGUAUUUAAAAUAAUGUAUAUACUGAUUGUCAUGAUAUUGCUGUCCACAACUGAAAUGUGGGUUUAUUUGGUGCUUGUCCAAUACGUGCAUUUAUAAUAUUAAAUGCAUAAACUAAUCAAUGGGGACUA